AUGCAUCAACCUUUGGGCUUUAAGGAUCCAAAUCUUCCUCAUCAUGUCUGCCGUCUGCGAAAAUCUUUGUAUGGGCUCAAGCAAGCUCCAAGAGCGUGGUACAAACGAUUUGCAGAUUAUGUAUAUUCUAUCAGAUUCUCUCAAAGCAAGUCAGACAACUCUCUUUUCAUCUACCGGAAAGAUACACACAUGGCCUAUCUUCUUCUUUAUGUGGACGACAUCAUUCUCACUACGUCUUCUGAUAAUCUUCGCCAGUCUAUAAUAUCACGACUCAGCUCUGAAUUUGCUAUGAAAGACUUGGGACCACUAAAUUAUUUUUUGGGUAUUGCAGUUACUCGACAUGAUGGUGGUCUGUUCUUAUCUCAAAAAAAGUAUGCAGAUGAAAUUCUUGAGCGAGCAGGUAUGUCAUCAUGCAAAUCAUGUCCCACUCCGAUUGACACUAAACUGAAGCUUAGCGCCAAGACUAGCACUCCCUAUGAAGACCCAUCAUUAUACCGUAGCCUUUCCGGUGCUCUCCAAUACCUCACUUUCACGAGACCCGACAUCACAUAUGCGGUACAACAGAUAUGUCUUUUUAUGCAUGACCCCAUGGACGAUCACAUGCACUCUCUUCGAUGCAUUUUGCGUUACAUUCUGGGAACCAGUCACUAUGGUUUACAUCUCUAUCCAUCAUCCACUACAUCGUUGGUCUCUUACAUAGAUGCUAAUUGGGGAGGAUGUCCCGACACUAGAUGCUCUACCUCAGGAUAUUGUGUUUUUCUUGGAGACAACUUACUAUCAUGGUCGUCCAAAUGUCAACCCACAUUGUCUCGAUCCAGUGCUGAAGCUGAAUAUCGUGGAGCUGCCAAUGUCGUCUAUGAGUCAUGUUGGUUACAUAACCUACUUCUCAAACUACAUUGUCCGAUACACAAAGCUAUUAUGGUGUACUGUGACAACAUUAGUGCCAUAUAUCUUUCUGGUAAUCCUGUUCAACAUCAACGUACAAAACACAUUGAGAUGGAUAUUCACUUUGUACGUGAAAAAGUAGCUCGUGGAUAG